GCGUUGACAUUCGUUUGCAGUCGGCAAAGCCGCUUUUUCAGAGUAUACACCGCUUACCAGUUGAAUAAGUUAUAAGUAUUGUUCAAUUAGUAAUUUAAAAAUAAAUCCAUAAUAAUUAAAAGUAGAAUUUUAGUGUUUGAAAUGACACAUAGUUCCUAAAUAUAUAAAUAUAUUUUUCUGUUUAAAUAUUUAUUUAUACAAGUUAUGAAUUUUAGCAAAACAGCUGACUAGGUACAAUCAAUUGUGAAUUUUUGUGCUUUGUUGUGAUCAUUGUAAUAAACAUAAAGUUGAGGCAAAAAUGGCUGAUAAAUUAAAUAAAAAUAAAAUUAUGAUAUCAAAAACUAUUGGCACGGCUUCGAGCGAUUCCGAUGAUGGAGAUGAUGAACAAAUGCGUCAGUUCUUGGAAGCAGCGGACAGCACUUUGUUUACGAACACUAUGUUUCAGCAAACCGAAAAACAAAAUACAAUGAUUUUGGAUACUGAAAAACUGCAUCAAUUAGUUUUAGAACAAAAAGGUCCUAAGACGAACCGCUAUUUGCUAGAGGAUAACUUGGAAGCUAAUGUAGACUUCAUCGCAACUGAAUCAACACAGAAAUUUCUCGGAAAGAAACUUUCGGAACUGAUAGCGAAAAAUUUUGAGUUCUUUAAUAUUGAAACUCCGUCAAAAAUUCAAAGAACGAGCAGAAACCGUGUUACACUACUCGCAGGAACAGAUUGUUAUGUCAAGCCCUAUGAAGAAUUUGAAUUCGAAACGCAAGGCCCAACACAGCGGCCUACGAUAAAGAGACGAAAAGUGGACGGUGAAGAAAACGAAUACUCUUCAGAAGAACUCUUUAACUUGGCAUCAGUAACUGCUGAAGACAUCACCAGUGGAAAACUGAUAUCCGGUUGGGCGUCAAAGCCCGAACGAACGGAAAAAUAUUUUCACUAUAAAAGUGAUGCCGUUGGUACUCUCCAUUUCAAACCAGUUGGAAAUGAAUUUACAAAGCUGCGUAGUAAAAAUAAGUGGAAUGAAACAAAGAUAAAACAAAAAAUAAAUUUAAGAUUAGUAUAAUUUAUAUCUAUCUUCUUUAAUUAGGAGAAAUAAACUUUAAAAGACUAAUUACUAAA